CCGACACAGUAUCUUCUAAUCCUGUAGACAAGGGGUGUGAGACAUUAACGUAUUCACUUUCAUUAUUUUUCAACAACUCUUCAAUAAAGUACAAAUCCAAAUUGAAAAGUUCAAUUAAUAAUUAGAUUUGUAAUCAAUAAUUGUUAGUACUUAUUAAUUGAUAGCAAGAAUGGUAUAACUAACACAGUUUUGGAUCAGUAAUGAAGAUACUAGAAGAUUUAUAUAAGUGACAGUGUGUUUAGAUAAAGCUAAUAGAAAUAAAAAUGUCGCAAAAUAAUAUAGGAACUUUGGAAAGUUCCAUAACAGGUGCAAAAUCAACAGUUUUUAGUAUUGAGAGACUAUUAAGUAAAGAAACACCAUCGAAUCAUUUAGGAAUUAAAGAAAAAGAUAUAUAUUUAUCUGCUGAAUCAAUGAUUCAGGAUACAAGAUUAACCGCAGUGCCUGAUUCUUCAAUGUCAUCAAUAGAUGAAGUAGAAACUUAUGAAGAUCCAGACAUAGGCUCAACUUCAUCUGAACCAGGAAUUAGUUACGAAGCUUGCACAAGUAGCAGUAGCAGCAGUAGUGGAAACUGCAACUCUGUAAUGGACUGUGGAGAUAAAGAUGUCCAUGCAAAAGACUUUGGUGUAUCAAAUGAUGAAGAUAAAAAGAAAAGACCUCGAACUGCCUUUACAGCCGCUCAAAUAAAAUCUCUUGAAUCUGAAUUUGAGAGAAGUAAAUAUCUUAGUAUUGCAAAAAGGCUGCAGCUCAGCAAAAGUUUGAAACUCACAGAAACUCAGAUUAAAAUUUGGUUUCAAAAUCGAAGGACUAAGUGGAAGCGAAAAUACACCAAUGAUGUAGAAAUUUUCGCUCAACAAUAUUAUUCAAGCCUUGGUAUUCCAGCUCCACGACCCAUUUUUGUUGGUGACAGAUUAUGGUUUUUUAAUUACCCUGGACAACCACAGACUGCAACACCACCACUUCUACCUCCACAUGUGGGAUCUUUGGCUUUACCACCAGCAUUACCCAUCAUUCAACCUCUUCCAAGUAAUCUCGCAGUUGGAACACAAAAUGCUGUGUUCCAAAAUAUCCCACCGACUCACUCACUCAAUUAUCUUACUCAACAACUUGACUAUCGACGGCAGGAAACAUGAAAAAUAUAUCAACUAUAUAUUGAUUUACGAUAAAUAUAAAUAUUUUUUUGCAAUUAUAUUUGCAUUUAAUUCAAAUAAUAACUUGCUGCCAAAAUAUUGAUAAGAAUAUUUAUAUAUUCAAGUAAAAAACUGUCUUUGUAUACAAUUUGAUACUAUUAUGUUACAAGAAAAACAUUUUAAAAUCAAUUUAUUGAU